UACUUCCUUCCCUCCACCGUACAAGAUGAAUUUCAGGAGUGGCGCUCCAGCAUUUCGCAGAAAGACGAAAGGGCGUCCUCCCGCUUUUGCUCCUUCUUUAUUUCUCGCUUUGUUAGUCCUUCGUUCACCCUUUCUGCCAACAAAAGGUCGCGCCUCGAUGUGACUGAAGCCACCAAUAGCAGCAGCCCUUGCCGCGCCAAAGGGGCGCCAUUGAUCUGCAAAGCUCUGCCUAUGUGUUCCACCGGCGGCAAUGCGCCCGCAGGAAACUAACCAAAGGGCCCAACAUUCUGGUUUGGAUGAUGGGGGAUGGGACAUGGGAGCCACCGUGCUCCCCUUUUGAGUGGAAAAGAUGGCGCCUUUGACAGCACAAGCUAUCUUUGCUGAUCGCCAGCACUUUGUUUAUUCGCAAAAUGGGGAUCGGUAGAUCUGUAGAGUAGAGCGCUAAAUGAUUGUGGUUAGUGGGAGGUUGGGCGGGCUCGAGUCUAUUAGGACCUCUGGCGUGCCAUCAACCGUAGUUUUUUCAGUUUGCGGGGAGAUGAACUCAGCUAGUAUCAGCUGAGAGGGCUGAGCUGAGAUGCGGUGGGUGGAGGAUUGAUGUAUCUGAAUUGGAGGCUAUUUCUUAGAUUUGAUUUCUUGAAUGGAAGGCCACAGUUCAAACCUCAAGCGUUGUGCCAAGCUUGAAUUUUUUAUUCAACAGUGCUUGUAGAAGUCCUUUUGAUCUCUGCAGUCUGAGCCAGGGUAUAAUUUGGUCUGUGAGAUACAAUGGCUACAGAGACAUUGCCUGAAACACUUCCAGUGGUCCCUGAUACUCAAACACUGAAGUUGCAUUCUCAGAUUGGUUCCUCUUUGGAGGCUUCCAGGCUCAAUAAACCUUGUGCAUCGGUGCGAACAAGGCUGCCUGAACCAAACAACUUGAGCAAACCAAGUUCUGAAGCGGAGCCUAAGGUCCAGAAACCAAGCAACCUACUAAAUGAGUCAGUUGAUCACACUAGUUUAGACAAGAUUUCCACAGACCCCAUCCAAGAUAAACUGGUUUUAGAGUGUCCUGUGGAUGAACAGAAGAAAGAUGUGAACCAAGAGAAUAUGUGCAGAAGAUUGAAACCAUCUUCAAUAUUGGACAAGGAAUGUGGCCUAGCAAAGGCAAAUGAAAGUGGCAGGCUGAUCAAGAGAUCAGAUACUGGUGAAAGAGGAACAAGUAGCAGAUACAGGCCAAGCAAUAGCAGUGAUAUUAGUGAUGAAAGCUCGUGUAGCAGUAUCACCAAGCCUCAUAAGGCAAAUGAUUCACGCUGGGAGGCAAUUCAGAUGAUCAGGACUAGAGAUGGGAUCUUUGGUCUGAGCCAUUUUAAGCUGUUGAAGAAGCUAGGCUGUGGUGACAUUGGCAGUGUAUAUCUUUCAGAAUUGAGUGGAACAAAGAGUUAUUUUGCAAUGAAGGUCAUGGACAAGGCAUCACUUGCAAGUCGUAAGAAGUUGCUUCGGUCCCAGACUGAAAAGGACAUCUUGCAGUGCCUGGAUCACCCAUUCCUUCCUACAUUGUAUACCCACUUUGAGACCGAUAAAUUUUCAUGUCUGGUUAUGGAGUUUUGUCCUGGAGGAGACAUGCAUACCCUGCGACAAAGGCAACGUGGCAAGUAUUUUCCAGAACAAGCGGUCAAAUUCUAUGUAUCUGAAAUUCUCCUAGCAUUGGAGUACCUGCACAUGCUCGGUAUCAUAUAUCGGGAUCUCAAACCAGAAAAUGUCCUUAUCCGUGAGGAUGGACACAUCAUGUUAACGGAUUUCGACCUCUCCCUUCGUUGUGCAGUGAGCCCAAUACUGAUCAGGUUGUCUAACUCCGUUCCAGAAUCACUUAAGAAGUAUAACCAAACUCAUAGUGCUCAACAAGCUUGUGUUCAGCCAUCCUGUGUGAUGCAGCCAUCAUGCACAGCUCCCACGGCAUGCUUUGGCCCACGACUGUUUUCUAAAUCAAAGAAAGUUCGAAAACCGAAGCUUGAAGUUGUCAACCAGGUGAGCCCAUGGCCUGAGCUUAUAGCAGAACCUAGUGAUGCACGAUCGAUGUCAUUUGUUGGUACACAUGAGUACUUGGCACCCGAGAUUAUCAAAGGUGAGGGUCAUGGUAGUGCUGUUGACUGGUGGACCUUUGGUAUAUUCCUAUAUGAGCUCCUGUUUGGGAAAACACCAUUCAAAGGCACGGGGAACCGGGCGACACUGUUCAAUGUCAUUGGUCAGCCCUUGCGUUUCCCUGAAUAUCCAGUUGUGAGCUUCCCAGCUAGGGAUUUAAUAAGAAGUCUCCUGGUCAAAGAGCCCCAACAACGAUUGGGUUUUAAGCGUGGUGCCACCGAGAUAAAACAGCACCCAUUUUUUGAGGGUGUGAACUGGGCAUUGAUACGCUGUGCGAGUCCUCCAGAGGUUCCAAGGCAUUUUGACAUUGAGAAGCCCCCGAAGCAGCCUGUGUCAACAUCAGAGAGUGCUGCCCAGAAUGGUGGUGAUAACUAUUUAGAGUUUGGUUUCUUUUAGGGGAAUAGGACGAAUUUUCUUUGUAGCAAUUGGAUAAAGUAGGAUGCUUGCAUCUGUGUUUGGAAAUGAAUGAUAGUUAGAGUUUUGUUCCUGUCAA